AUGUGGCUUCAAGAAUGUGCCAGUAAAACCAAAAAGGGACAUGUUCCAACAUUCCAUCGCUGUUGUCGCGGUGGUAAAAUUGUUGUACCUUUACUUGAAGAGGCACCCCCACUGUUGAGACAUCUGCUGUUUAACAAAACAUCUACCGAGAGCAAAAAUUAUCGAAAUAAUAUUCGAACAUACAACUCAAUGUUUUCGUUUACUUCUCCUGGAAUGAAAUUUGACACCACAUAUUCAAAGAAAGGAGGACCACCAACUUUGAGACUGCACGGUCAAACCUGCCAUCGAAUAGGUACUCUACUACCAGAAAAUGGAGACCGUCCGCAAUAUGCUCAGAUAUAUAUUUAUGACACAGAUAAUGAAGUUACUAAUAGAAUGAAGUGUUUCAGAGACAAUACUGAAAUUGACGAGAACACUGUUCAUAAUUUGAAGAUCAUGUUAGAUGAGUUCAAUAUUCAUGCAAAAGUUUUUAGAAUGGCGAGGGAUGUCCUGGACGAUAAUGCAUUCUUAGACUUAAAACUGAGGGUUAUAUGUGAUAGACCUGAGGAUGGACGCGUGUAUAACAGACCAACGGUUUCAGAAGUUGUUGCACUAAUUGUGGGAGACAUUGAUUCUGCUUGUAAUAGGGACGUUAUUAUUCAAGCACGCAACGGUGGUUUGCAACGUAUUGAUGAGUUUCAUCCAGCAUAUUUGGCAUAUCAAUACCCUCUCAUAUUUGCGUAUGGUGAAGAUGGUUAUAGGAAAAAUAUAUUGCAUAGAUAUCGCCAUGAAACUGAGGUUACCCGACAAAAUCGUCAGAGCAUCAAGGACUGGCUUUCAUACAGGUUACAAGACCGUAGCGAGGAGGCAAAAACUUUGCUACACUCACGCCGUCUGUUUCAACAGUUCUUAGUCGAUGGUUAUUGUAUGAUGGAAUCUGAAAGGCUGAACUGGUUGCGAAAUAAUCAAUCCAAAUUAAGAGUGGGAAAAUAUAACAGGUUGACAGAUGAAUGCAAUAACGAUGAUGGCAGACAACAACAAAAGCGGGGAAAGCGAGUUGUCUUACCGUCAUCUUUUGUUGGGGGAAAAAGAUAUAUGGAUCAACUAUAUUUUGACGGAAUGGCAAUUUCAAGUAGAUUGGGUUUUCCGGACCUAUUCAUUACAUUUACUUGCAAUCCAACAUGGCCAGAAAUUAUCCGUGCCUUGUCCGAAACUGGGUUACAACCACACGAUCGACCCGAUAUUAUUACUAAAGUCUUCAAAAUCAAAUUUGACGAACUCAUUGCAGAUAUAACAAAAAAGCAUGUUCUAGGGAAAGUUUUGGCCUUUAUGUACACUAUUGAAUUUCAGAAGAGGGGAUUGCCAUACGCACAUAUUUUGAUUUUUUUACAUCCUCAGAGCAAAUACCCCACACCAUCUGACAUUGACAACAUCAUCUGUGCUGAAAUACCAGACCCUGCUGUUCAUCCGAGGUUGUAUGCGUUGGUUAAAUCUAACAUGAUGCACGGCCCAUGUGGAGUGGCGCGCAUGACAUUAACCUGUAUGAAAAAUGGUAAAUGCUCUAAAUACUUUCCAAAGAAGUUUAACGAGGAAACUAUUGUUGAUGCAGAAGGUUAUCCCCUCUAUAGGAGAAGAUCAAAAACCCACGUUAUUGAAAAAAAUGGUAUCACAUUGGACAACUGUCAUGUGGUACCUUAUAACAAAAGAUUUCUCCUCAAAUAUAACGCACAUAUAAACAUGGAAUGGUGUAACCAGAGCACUUCAAUCAAAUAUCUUUUCAAAUACAUUAGCAAAGGCUAUGACAGAAUAACAGCUUCAGUGUCAACCAACAACAAUGAACCGGUUGACGAAAUAAAACAAUACUUAGAUUGUAGAUAUAUCUCACCAUGUGAAGCAUGCUGGAGAAUUUACUCCUUUCACAUUCAUGGUAGAAGACCGGCAGUUGAACGUAUGUUUUAUUACUUGGUAGGCGAAAAGGCUGUUUACUACACUGAUCACGAUCGAAUGGAAAAUGUUUUGGAGAAUCCAAGUGUUACUGAUUCCAUGUUUACUGGUUGGCUAUCUGCAAACUCAAAGUAUACUGAGGCACAGUCACUCACUUAUGGUCAAUUUGUACCUAAGUUUGUUUACCACAAAAAAGAAAGGGAGUGGAGGCCCCUCAAAAAGGGAUUCACCAUUGGGAGAUUGAUAUGGGUUCCACCAACAACAGGUGAACUUUUUUACCUGCGGAUGAUGUUGAAGGUAGUCAAGGGACCAAAAAGUUAUGAAGAAAUUCGCAAGGUCGGUAAUACCCAGUAUGAAACAUUUAGAGAUGCAUGCUUCGCCAUGGGAUUUCUGGAAGAUGACAAAGAAUAUAUUGGUGCACUCAAAGAGGUCAGUGAAUGGGGCUCUGGACAUUUUGUCCGAAAACUAUUUGUGGUGAUGCUAUUGUCAGGUGCUGUUAAUCGCCCAGCACACGUUUGGAAGGAAUCAUGGCAGCUGUUAUCUGAUGGUGUCCUACAUGCUCAAAGGCAAUUGGCUUUAAAUACAGAUGCCGAAUUGCAACAUUUGACCCUGAUUGAAAUAGAAAAGCUGCUUCAAGAAAAUAAAAGGACACUAAAAGAUUUCAAACCAAUCCCUUAUCCAGAUGGAUAUGUUCUGCAACACUUAGGUAAUAGACUGAUAUAUGACGAACGCAAUUAUAACAUUGCCAAAACAAAGACAGAAUUCACAAAUCUCUUUCGUGGACUUACAGAUGAACAGACAGCUAUGUAUCAAAAAAUUAUGCGCGCAGUUGAGUCUCAGAAUGGUGCAGUCUUCUUCCUACAUGGUUACGGUGGAACCGGUAAGACAUACAUGUGGAGAACAUUGGCGGCAGCAUUAAGGUCGAAGCAUGAUAUAUGUCUGACAGUCGCAACCAGUGGUAUAGCGUCAUUAUUGUUGCCAGGAGGUCGAACUGCACAUUCAAAAUUUAAGAUACCAGUGCCAACGCUCGAUAAUUCUACUUGCAAAAUUGAGUACAAUGAUGAUGUGGGAGACCUUCUUAGACAAACUAAACUAAUUAUUUGGGAUGAGGCUCCAAUGGCACACAAGCAUACUUUUGAAGCACUAGAUAGAACGCUCAGAGAUGUAAUGUCUAAAUACAGUAACUCAAAGGAGAUGUUUGGUGGAAAAGUUGUUGUUUUUGGAGGUGAUUUCAGGCAGAUUUUACCUGUUGUCCCUCGAGAAAGCCGUUCGGAUAUUGUACAUUCUGCCAUAAAUGCGUCUUACAUAUGGAAUUCUGUUCAAGUGUUAACAUUAACCAAAAACAUGCGCCUGCAAUCCGGUCUGACUGAAGAUGAUAAAAAUGAAAUGCAACAGUUUUCUGAAUGGUUGUUAAGAAUUGGCGAAGGAAAAGUAUCUGAGCCCAAUGACGGUGUGACAGAUUUUGAAAUUCCACCUGACCUGUUGAUAACACAGUUCGAAGACCCGAUCGUCGCCAUUGUUGAUGCUACAUAUCCUGACUUUAUUCACAAUUUUCAUUCAAUCCAAUACCUUAAGGGUCGAGCAAUUCUGGCUUCAACAUUAGAAAUUGUGGAACAAAUAAACAAUCAUAUCCUUGACUUAAUCCCAGGAGACAUGCGGGAUUACUACAGCUCAAAUACUGUUGAUAAGUCCGAAAUCAAUGACGACACAGUGGUAAAUAUCCUAACUCCAGAAUUUCUCAGUUCCCUCCGUACAUCUGGUUUGCCUACCCAUCAUUUAAAGUUAAAGGUUGGAACACCAAUUAUGCUCAUGAGGAAUAUUGAUCAGUCAGAAGGACUAUGUAAUGGAACAAGGUUGAUAGUAACAAAAUUGGGGACACAUGUUAUUGAAGCUUCGAUAAUAGCUGGAAAGAACUGUGGCAAUCAGGUUUACAUCCCACGAAUGGAUAUGUCACCUUCCCAAUCACCAUGGCCUUUCAAGCUCAACAGAAGACAGUUCCCCAUUAUAGUGUCAUAUGCCAUGACAAUUAACAAAUCCCAAGGACAGUCUUUGGAUACUGUUGGUCUAUACCUACCAAGGGAUGUUUUUACACAUGGACAAAUAUAUGUUGCACUAUCAAGAGUGACCACAAAACAAGGAAUCAAGAUAUUAAUACAUGAUCAACAUGCAAAAGUUAAAACAACAACUACAAAUGUAGUUUACAAGGAGAUCUUCGACAAUAUAUAA